AUCUAAAUCCAAAAUCCCUGCCACGUAAUCACAGUUCAAUGGAAACAAACAAACACCCACUGAACUCAGUUUCCAUCUGCAUUUUUUUUCUUUUCUUCCUAGACUUCGAUUCUCUGGAAUAUAAAAUCAAAUUAAUUUAGUUUUCUAGAAAUGGAAAGGAAAAAUAUGAAAAGUAAAAGAAAGAGAAUAAUAAUCAAUUGAAUUUUCCACCAAAUUUGUUCGACGGAUUUUUCUGAGGGUUUCCAUCAGAAUUCCACCAUCCAAACAGAACCCAGAAACUGGCUCGUCUUUGGAUUCGCUAAUUCAGAAUGCAGGCAUCAACACAUUUAAUCAAAGGAAAUUUAGAGGUUAAGAUUUCAAAACGGAGAGAUCUGCCUUGUUUUCGUGAAUUUAAGGAACGGAAGUCAACUUUGACUCGUAAUCUUUGCAUCCGAAGGGGUUCUAUUUGCAGUGGUUUAAGCUCUGGUGCCGUUUCAAUGGGAGCUGAGCUCGCACGUGCUAGAGAUAAUGUUGAAACCGUCGCUCGCUCUUUGAUCAAAUUUCGAUCUGUCAAAGGUCAAGCUUCAGGUGGAGAUGUUGAGGAUCUGGCACCAAUCAACCCUCACGAGACAUCUACUGGGACUGUUUUACCAUUUGUUGGCGUUGCUUGCUUGGGAGCUAUAUUAUUUGGUUACCAUCUAGGGGUGGUAAAUGGUGCUCUUGAUUAUCUAUCUAAGGAUCUGGGAAUUGCUCAAAAUGCUGUCAUGCAAGGAUGGGUUGUCAGCACCCUCCUUGCUGCUGCUGCAGUUGGUUCAUUUACUGGAGGAGCACUGGCAGAUAAGUUCGGCCGGACAAGGACUUUUCAAUUAGAUGCCAUUCCACUAAUCAUUGGAGCAGUUCUUACUGCUAUAGCACAGAAUGUCCAGACUAUGAUAAUUGGCCGCUUGCUGGCUGGUAUAGGUAUUGGUAUAACAUCUGCUAUUGUGCCACUUUACAUAUCUGAGAUCUCACCAACUGAUAUCCGUGGUGCACUUGGAUCUGUAAACCAACUUUUUAUAUGUAUUGGGAUUCUUGCAGCAUUGGUGGCUGGAUUACCUUUAUCACGGAGCCCAGUAUGGUGGAGGGGAAUGUUUGGUCUUGCUGUUAUCCCUUCUAUUUUAUUGGCUCUAGGAAUGACAUAUUCCCCAGAAAGUCCUCGGUGGCUGUUCCAGCAAGGGAAAAUUUCCGAAGCAGAAAAAUCCAUAGGAACACUAUAUGGGAAAGAAAGAGUUCCUGAGGUUAUGUAUGAGUUAAGGACUGCAGGACAGGGUUCUACAGAACCAGAAGCAGGAUGGAUUGAUCUAUUUAGUAAGCGAUACUGGAAAGUUGUGAGUGUUGGCGCUGCACUUUUCUUCUUCCAACAGUUUGCUGGGAUAAAUGCUGUAGUUUAUUAUUCUACAGCUGUCUUUCGUAGUGCUGGAAUUGCAUCUGAUGUUGCCGCAAGUGCUCUUGUUGGUGCAUCAAAUGUCUUUGGCACAGUUAUUGCAUCCUCUCUGAUGGACAGACAAGGAAGGAAAAGUCUUCUAAUCACAAGUUUUUCUGGAAUGGGUGCUUCAAUGUUGCUGCUUUCAUUGUCAUUCACUUGGAAGGUUCUUGCCCCCUACUCUGGCAUUCUAGCCGUUGUUGGGACUGUUCUUUAUGUCUUAUCGUUUUCACUUGGUGCUGGUCCUGUGCCUGCUCUUCUUCUUCCGGAAAUAUUUGCUUCCAGAAUUAGAGCAAAAGCAGUGGCUUUAUCGCUUUGCAUGCAUUGGAUAUCAAACUUUGUCAUCGGCCUGUAUUUCCUGAGUGUUGUGGACAAGUUUGGAAUCAGUGUAGUUUAUUUGGUAUUCACCGCUGUCUGUCUUCUUGCUGUCUUGUUUAUGGCUGGUAAUGUUGUAGAAACUAAGGGGCGAUCAUUGGAAGAAAUUGAGCUUGCUCUUAAUCCGACAACUUGAUUCAGAGAAUAAUCUCCGUGCCUUGUUAAUGUUCAUCCCAUGAAGCGCAGUCACAUGGAUUGUUUCCGUUAUCUUGGUAAGACUUUUUUCCACAAAUCUUUGGGUAAACUCUGAUAGUAACCUGCAUUGGUGUUCUAGGCUUCUAGCACUUGGUAGAAGCUGUCUGAGAUUUAGGAACAGGAUUUUUCUUGGUUUGGUCUCUCAGUAAUAAGAAUAUGCAAGCUUAUGGUUUUGUUUUACAAGAAGUGGCAUUGACUUGGGAAUAAGAGAAUGGGAAACCUGUUGGACCUUACCUCGUAAGGUUGAUUAUAUAAAUAAAUUGAAUUCAGAUGCAAGCAUAUGUUAUCUAGUUUCCUCCAAGAAAUCGUCAUUUCCAAGAAGUUGUCGAGAUUAAUUUUCCUGCUUUGUAAAAUUUUCAUCCCUUUUAAUCUCAUUUCGGUACUCGAUUUCAGAAAUGUUGGAUAUGAGUAUGUAAAUGUUCCAUUUUUAAGUAUUUUUUUAAUGUAGUUGGAAAAUUCUUGAAA